UGGGAAAGUUAUAGUCAAGAAAUAAAGGUUGAAAGAAAAAUGGGUUGGUUUUUCAUUUUCUUCUUCUUAUGGCUCACUUUUAACAGUAAUUCUGUUUCAGAAGCUAAGAAUCUUCCUUCUGCUGUUGUUGUUGGUACUGUUUACUGUGACACAUGUUUCCAACAAGAUUACUUCAAGAAUGCUCACUUCAUUUCAGGAGCAAUUGUUGCAAUAGAAUGCAAAGACGACGAAAAUUCAGCACCAAAAUUCCAUCAAGAAGUGAAAACAAAUCAACGUGGAGAGUUCAAAGUUCGUUUACCAUUCUCAGUGAGUAAACAUGUGAGAAGAAUCAAGAAAUGUUGGGUGAAGUUAUUAAGCAGUAGCGAACCCUAUUGUUCCGUAGCAUCCACGGCAACUUCAUCAUCUCUACGGCUCAAAUCAAGAAAGCAAGGACUUCAUAUUUUCUCAGCUGGUUUCUUUAGUUUCAAGCCACAAAAACAACCUAAUCUUUGUAAUCAAAAACCAAGAAUUCAAGACUCCAAGAAAAUUUCGUCGUUAAAUCAAGAUCCCGUUGCUAAUAGUAGUCCUGAUCUUAACCAACGGUUUUUCCCUCCGUUUCCUUUCCUUCCUCAGCUUCCGCCGCUACCUCAACUUCCUCCACUGCCGUCUCUUCCGACUCUACCGCCGUUUCCCACUUUUCCCGAGAAAAUCAGAGAGCAAGAAAAUUUCAAGAAGGUUCAAGAAUCUGCACAGCCAGACUUUUUCUUUCCGCCAAUUUUGCCACCGAAUCCUUUACAACCGCCGCCGUUUCUUCCGCCAAAUCCGCUUCAACCGCCUUCUUUAAUUCCUCCAUUGCUUCCUCCAAACCCUUUUCAGCCACCUCCGUCGUUGCCUCUGCCUCUGCCUCCUAACCCUCUUCAACCUCCUUCAUCUCCCAUAUUUCCAUUUCCGCCGAUUCCCGGCCUAACUCCGUCGCCUCCUCCGCCAAUCUUUCCUUUUCCUCCUCUACCUCCUCUCCCUCCAUUGCCGCGAAUUCCGGGAGUCCCGCCUGCAACGUCCGGUAGUUCUUUAUCGUCAACCUCAGUUAAACCUUCUCAUCCUUAAGUAAAACAUUAUAUAUAUCAAUGUAAAAUUUCCAAUAAUGGGUAGCCUGCAGAGUCGUGUUUGGUAAAUUAGGAAUUAUGUUUUAGUUUCUUGCUAAUAAGUAUGAAAAAAAAAACAAAUUUGUUGUACUUAGAAUAAAUUUUCUUGCUAACAAUCUUUUUUAUAUUUAUAUAUAGUUAUUGCAA